AUGACGCUUGACCGAUCAACUUUCACCGCGCUUGAUACAGUGAGGCACCUAUGGAGGCAUCUCGGACUUCCAGCACAUGCCUUGACGAGCCUGUCUCUCACUGGGGAAGGGCAUGGACUACCCUCGUCGUUCCAGGUCGGACAUCUGGCUCAAGCAUCCAUCGGGCUUUCUGGCCUGACCGCGGCUCUGAUUCAAGCGCAAAGAAAAGGUUGCCCGGUCCCUCGAGUGACAGUUCCACUCCAGCACGCGGUGAUAGAGUUCAGAUCCGAACGUUUUUGCUUGCUGGACAAGAAAUCAUCCUCGGCAUGGGGCCCGAUCGGAGGUCUGCAUGCUUGUUCAGACGGCCACGUCCGGGUUCACGACAACUUCCCGCACCACAGAGACGGUAUAGUCAGACUCCUGGGAUGCGAACAGCCGACUACCAGGUCGCAGGUCGGCGAUGCGAUAUCUUCCUGGAGAGCGGUUGAUCUCGAGACCGCGGCCGCCGACAAUGGACUCGUCGUUGCUGCUCUGCGGUCGUACAAGCAAUGGGAUGUUACUCCACAAGCGCAGGCGAUUGCGGAUCUCCCCAUCUCGAUCGCAAAGGUGGGUGAGGCAGCUCCUGGAAUCCCUCGACACAUCGGGCCCGGCAAAGACAAGUGCCUACGCGGCGUCAGAGUUGUCGACAUGACGCGUGUCGUCGCUGGGCCUGUCGCCGGGAAGACGCUUGCGGCACAUGGCGCAGAAGUCCUCUGGGUGACCGGCCCGCACUUGCCAGACUUGCCGGAGCUCGACCGGGACUUGGCCAGGGGAAAGCGAACGGUGCAGCUCGACAUCCGCAAGCCAGAAGAUCUCGAGACUCUAAUGCACCUUCUUGAGAGUGCUGACGUGUUCCUCCAGAGCUACCGCCCUGGAAGUCUGAGCGCUCUCGGUCUCACCGAGGAGGCCAUCGUCCGUCGGCGGAAAGGGCGCCACCCAAUCGUGAUGGCCAACCUCUCCUGCUACGGCACAGCCGGGCCCUGGAAGCACAGGCGAGGCUUCGAUUCCAUCGUGCAGACGUGCUCCGGGAUGAACGUCUCCGAGGCCGAGCAUUACGGGAAAGGAGACGCCGCGAGGCCCCUGCCAUGUCAAGCCCUCGACCACGCCAGCGGUUAUUUCCUGGCCGCUGGGAUCAUGGCUGGCCUUUACCGCGCAUGGACCGACGGUGGUUCGUACAGGGUGGAUGUCAGCUUGGCCGGGACGAUGAAAUACCUCCGCAGCCUCGGCCAGCUUCCAGGAGAUUCCGGCUUCGAGGCAACUGAGUACGAUUACCACAAGCCGGAGGAUGUCCCUGCAGAAUACUUCGAAACACGCUCUUCAGGUUUCGGCGAGCUCCAGGCUAUCAAGCACUCGGUCAGUGUCGACGGUGCGCAGGUCGGUUGGGACAUCAUGCCGCAGCCGCUGGGCAGCCAUGAGCCAAAGUGGUAA